AUGGUCUAUUCAAUGAACCAAAAGAAAGUGAAUCCAAAUUCCACUAUUAUCACAGGUAAUUUAUUAAUUGCUAAUAAGUUAGCCAUUACCUUGAUAGAUACUGGAGAAACAAAUUCUUUUAUUUCUGCAUUCUAUGUGCAACAAGAUGGCUUGAAACCAGUUGAGUCAUUGGCUGUUUAUAAAAUAUCUCUACCAACUGGACCAGGUCUUAAAACUAAUAAGUUUGUUAGAGCUUGUGAAACCCAGCUCCAAAAUCACAAGAUGUUUGUGGAUCUUGUGGUGGUGGAGAUGUCUGGAUUUGAUGUUAUUUUAGGAAUGGACUGGCUACUCCGUCAUGAGGCUCAAAUCAAUUGUAGAGAAAAGUAUGUGGCACUAAUUGAUCAUGAUGGGAAGGCCUUUCUGUUCCAAGCUCAAUAG